AUGCAAAUAGCUGUAACAAGUAAACUGGACGAGAGCUUUCAGCCAGUGCCAAUACCUAGUGACGAUGAUUGGUUGAGAAGUCAUAAAGAAAAAGGACAAACUAUGAAAGCAUUUGAACGUAAAACAUCAAAAGCUGUUCCUCAUGCAACUCACAAAACUAUUUAUAUUCAACCAAUUGGUAGCUUUGAUCAUCCACGAGUUAUACCAUUCAAUAUAAUCAUUGAAUUUGUUCGUAUAUUUUUUCCUGGCUGUGAAGUUGAAUUAUUAUCAGCUAUCGACUUUUCGGAAGACAUGAGAUAUCGAGAAAAAGAUGGUAUAAGACAAUAUCAAACAGCUGGCUUUUAUAAAUACCUAUCUCGAAUACGUCAUAAACGUAAUUCAAGACGAGAACUUGUAUGUGUUGCUAUAACCAUGGCUGACAUUUAUGUUGAUGAGGUUGAGGAUUGGGUUUAUGGACAAGCACGAAUAAUAGAUGGUCUUAGUGUUUAUUCAUUUGCACGUCUAGAUCCAUUAUAUCCUGCAUCACCACAAACGUUAUUUUUAUCUCCAUUGACUGAUGAACAUCGUGUCAUAAUGAUUCGACGUUGCGUAAAGAUUCUUCUACAUGAACUAGGUCAUUUAUUUGGUUUAAAGCAUUGUAUUUAUUAUAUUUGUUUGAUGAAUGGUGCAAAUAAUGAAACUGAAAUGGAUCGACAACCUUUAUAUCUAUGUCCUAUUUGUUUGCGUAAACUUUAUUCAACAUUUCAUUUUAAUGUUUGCGAUGUAUAUGAAAAAUUUGCUAACAUAUGUGAGAAAUACAGACUUGAAGAAGAACACAAGUGGUAUUGGAAACGUCUAGAUUGUAUUCAAAAUCCUAACAAAUAA